AUGCCUCCAUCGCUAAAGCUCAACGCAGUCGCGUUCAUAUCUCCUCAAAAUCACCCUAUUCUAAUCAGAACUUUCUCUGAGAACGACGAAGGACAGAUUAAAUACCACUACAUCGCGCAUACGAGUUUGGACAUCAUCGAAGAGAGAGUUGGGCUGAAACUCCCUGACUGCUAUCUGGGACUGCUUUACUCCAUGGAGGAUGUCGCCGUCUAUGGAUACGUGACGCCGUUGAAGGUCAAGAUUAUAUUGGCCAUUGCGUUGACUGACGCUGUAGUCAAAGAUUCAGAGGUCAUCUCAAUCUUCAAGGCGCUUCACAUGGCCUACUACAACGCAAUCUCCAACCCAUUCGUGGCCCGCGACCGCAGUUCCAGUGACCAGCAGCUACACAUCUUGGCCGGAAAUCCAAAGUGGAAGAAUUUUAGAAAGCGUGUCGAUGAUAUUAGUCAAGUGGUUGCAGGCGGCCAAUGAACGCUCUGAUAUCUAGAGGAAAGAGAACCACGCACGUUCAAACAACGGAACGUCCGUUGCAAGGCUUCGUCGCACAGACUCUCGACGUCUAGAUCACACUCGUUUUUCUGUGCGACCCUAUGGGCCGACAAAAAACCAUACCCUUCAUUGACUCAGUCAUACCAAGCAUACAAGGUCUGAGACAGAUACGGGGUA